UUUAAAAGUGCCCUCCAAAGUUAUCACUUGGGCCGUUUGAUACGAAGUGUAACUCUGAUUAUGAACUACAUUUCCCAUAUUUCCAAACUACAUUACCCGUGAUCCCCCGCGCAUGCAUUUGUCGGAUUGUGCUGGUGAAAAAUAUUGUUCCAGUGAUCGGGAUUUAGUAACAUUCAAUCCGUCCACUUAAAACAUAUGUGACAUUUGAAUUGAAUCUCUGGUGAGGUGAGGAUUUAUUCAUAAACUUGGAAGUUUUUGAAAGUUUAUGGAAAAUGUAACUGCUUGGCUCAGUAGGAGAGUAACAUCAAUAAUGGAGAGAGAAUAACCGACAAUAACAGCUAAUGGAAUAGAGCGGUCUGAACUCUCUAAAAAGCAGUCAUGGAAACCAAGGAAAAUGGUUCAGUGGACACCAAAAGUUCUGUGGAGAACGGGCAGCUUACAGAUCCAUCCCACUGGGCUGUAACGGAUGUGGUCAAUUAUUUUAAAGCUACAGGGUUUGAGGAGCAAGCCAACGCUUUCCAGGAUCAGGAAAUCGAUGGCAAAUCCCUUUUAUUAAUGACCCGUAAUGAUGUUCUGACCGGACUGUCAAUAAAACUGGGUCCUGCACUGAAGAUAUACGAGUAUCACGUGAAGCCUCUCCAAACCCAACACUUAAAAAGUAACGUGUCAUAGCUGCUGCAGCCGCAUGGGCGCAUGGAUGACAAUCACAGCAGUGGACCGCAGGGUAACUGCAGACACAACUAAUACAUCUUAUGCAUCUUAAUACAUAAAGAAAAUUACAACUCCACGGUGAAUUUAUUGCUUUUAAAGUCUCAUUCUGCUGUACAGGCACAUUUACUGUUUGUCUCAUGGAUGUUUACCGACCCUAAACAUUGUCUUUAUUGUUCAGAUUUGGUUGAAAGAAAAAACGUUGACCUUCACUUUCUGCGGUUGUACAUUCAUCAUUAUUGCUUUUAAGAUGGGAUGCUUGAUUUAAUAAUGUGAUGUGUAAUCUAAAAUGAAAAUGGCUUGAACUGAAAUUGAAACACGAUUUUUUUGAAGAUGUUUCUAUGUUACGCAUGAAGAACGUUUAAGCAGAACUGAGAGGUUAAUUGCUGCCGCACUGGUGCUUUUAUUGGAAUCUUGGUGUUAAUUUUUUCCUUUUAUGUUUUUCCCUUUUCUUAAUUCAUAAAAGUGUGUUGGAAUAAAGUAACAGCACAAAUGAUCUAAUAUCUGAAAAUGGCGUAUGCGCUGUGUUUCACAGCUGUAAUCGCGGAGCACAUUAGAGGUUUAUUUGUGGGAGUCCUGUCAGAAUGACUGAGCUCUGUUCUGCUAUUUGUUCUGUUUAUUUAUUUAAUUCUGUAACUAACAAUGUGAUUUCUGGGGAAUUGUCAUCGAUAGACAGUACAACACUGUAAUUGUACAGCAGUUUGUGAAACGGUGUGCUUUAAAAAGGUUGAAGUGUGUAAAAAUGACUUGAGUGUGGCUUGCAAUAAAUGGUGCUUUUUCAGAUUGCUGUAAUAAAUCUACUGUCUGAUCAUCAUUGCAAUGACAUUGGUUCCCACUGCCAAAACUGUUUUAUAAAUAAUGUAGAUUAUUGACAUGAAAGGCGAAGAUUGGAUUUUCCUUUUUAGCAUAGAUGGCAUUAACCCACACCAACGCAUUUAUUGAACAGAUGUGCUCUUCUAAAUUAAUCCGAAUGUCAAAAUACAGUAUGUGAAAUUUAUUCCAGUGGGAAUUUUUUAUAUUUGUUUAGUAAAAAUAUUGUUUAAAAGGGAAAAGGUCAAGUUAUAUCUCAAUUUAUAGUCUAUACCUCUUAAGACAUCUCUUCACACAGGACUGUAUAGCGUCACUUAUUUUUAAGUUAUGAUUUUAAGUUUAUCUUUCUGAUAUGUCUGGUAUGUUAUUUGAUUUUUCUCUCAAAAUGUAUUGAUUUGAUUUUUCAUGUCAAACUGUCAAUGCA